AUGGGGGGGAGGUUUUUGGGGUGGAGGUGUUUGAAGGAGUGGUUUGUUGGGGUUGGUGAGGGUGGGUUUUGGGGGUGGGGGGGGUUGAGUGAUGGGAGGGGGGUUGGGAUUUGUGAGGGGGGGGGGUUGGUGGGAAGGAGGAUGGGGAGUGUGGUGUUAAGGAUGUGGGGGGAAGGGGGUAUAAGGGGGGGGGUGGGGAUGGGGUUGGUGGGGGAAGGGGUGUGGGGGUUUAGGGGGGUAGGGGGGUGUAAGGUGGGUGUAUGGGAGAAUAGGGAGUAUGAGGAUGUUAGGGUGGUGGGGGGGUUGGGGAAUUUGGAAUUUGGGAUAGUUGUGUUGGGGGGUGGUGGUUUUGAUUUAGGGGUUUUGGGUGGGGGGUGUUGUUUUUUGGUGGGGUGGGUUGAUUGUGUUUUGGGGGGGGGGGGGGGGGUUUGGGUAGUGGAUGUUGGGGGGGGUGUUGAUUGUGUUUUGGUUAAGUGUGGUUUGGGUGGGGGAAGGGGUGGUAUUGAUGGGGGGGGGGGGGGGGGGGGGUGUAUGUGUUGGGUGGGGGGGGAUGGGUGUGUAGGUGGGGUGUGGGUUGAGUGUGGGUGGAUAUUUGGGGGGGGGGUGUGGGGGGGGUGGGGGGGGGGGGGGGGGAUGUGGUUGGGGGGGUGGGAGGGGGUGUAUAUGGGGGGGGGUGUGGGGGGUUGUAGGGUGUUUUUGAGUAUUGGGGGGGGGGUGUUGGGGGGGAUUGGGGGGGGUGGGGGGUGUGUGGUUUGA